UUGACUUGGUGGACUGGGAAUUUAAUUUUUACGGGUUUAUUUUCGAUAAUUAUUGAUUUAUAACUGAAAUUAUAGAUAAUCAGGCUGUGUAUUUAAUUGAUUAGUUUGUGUGUACAAUACUAUACUACUGAUCAGUGUUUUAGUGUACUUAAGUUUUUUCCUAGCACUCAAAAUGACGAACCUGAAUAUUAACAGUAGCAGUGACAGCAGCUCUGGAUCUUCUUCCGAUUCAAGCAGCAGUGGAAGCUCUUCCACGAGCUCCGGUUCAGGGUCCUCCAGCUCCGAUUCAGAAUCUUCCGUGUCCGACACACCACAAGUCAACUCUAUCCAAGCCCAACCCCCUAAGUCCCCCACAAAACCAGAGGAAAACAAAGAAGAACCAAAACAAAGAAGACCGUCCAAAACAAACAGAAUAUCUUCUUCGAGCGAUGACGAAAUUCCAAAAAUAGAAAGCCCCAAAAAUCAAACACCAAAAAGACGGAGCUCUACUAAAGCGAAAGCUGCAAGUGUCCUGGCUAAAAAGCCUUUAUCUGGUGGAGCUAAAACUCCGAAGCCAGCUUCGAAAACUGCGAAACCAACUCCUAAAUCUGACCAGAAGAAAAAAAGCAUAUUUUCACCAGUCAACAGUUCAGAAUCUGAAACUGAGAGCAAAUCGUCCAAAAGUCCAAAGGGGUCCCCUGGUUCUAAAAAAGGAUCUAGGAAGUCUAGUGAUGAAAAGAAUUCUUCUUCUUCUGUUACUCCUGAUAAUGAUGAUUCAAAUGGAAAAGAUAAUGCAAAGCGUAGGAGUACUAACAAACCAAGUGGGCCCCCUCCGAAGAAAGCGGUUGAAGAUAAAAGUGCAUCAUCGUGUUCGUCAAGUCAAUCAUCGAUUGAGUCCGUGUCUUCUGAUAGUGAAAGUGAACCGGCACCCAAAAAAGUAGAACCACCACCUCCACUGAAAACUGGAAAAACCAAACCACCUUUAGGCAAUUCUAACAAACAAGAAACUGUUGGAAAAAUUGUCGACCCAAAGGAUGCCACCAUGCCUCGAAAAUUCACCAGAUCACUAUCAGCCAGGGUUUCCAGACUGGCCACCAUAUCCAGGCCUACUCACACUGACACAGAUUCAGAAGCUGAUGACAAAAGUCAUGAAAAAAGUUACAUGAAAGACAUCAAAAAGAUCCUCAAAGGUCGCCUACCUGCAGUCCAGUCGCCUAUCAGACCACUGCCUCCACCAGAGCCAUCAGAGAGACGGUGUCCUGUCAGAGGCUGUGACUCCAGUGGCCACCUUGGUGGCAAAUCGAACCGCCACUUCACGUGGGACGCGUGCCCUGUGUACCACAACGUGACAGGCGCGUGGUGCGUGGCGGCGAGCGAGGAGCGCGCGGCCGCUUCCAGCACCAGGCGGCGCGCGCUGCAGACGCUGCAGCAGCGGCCGCGGACCAUGCCCACCAUCGAGCAGCGCGCCUACCAGCUCAAGGUCAAGGUGGGUCGCUACAGCCACGCCACGUGCCACGUGACACGUGACGCGGGCGAGGAGCGCGCCGCUUCCAGCACCAGGCGGCGCGCGCUGCAGACGCUGCAGCAGCGGCCGCGGACCAUGCCCACCAUCGAGCAGCGCGCCUACCAGCUCAAGGUCAAGGACAUGCGUUCCAAAUGGAAAGGAAGUCAAGAGCUCCGCGAGAAGUUAUCCAUCACGUGCGAAGAAACAACAGAAGAGAGAGAACCGAUCCUGGAUGGUUUCGCCCCGGACUACGAUCUGAGGCUGUUCAGGGAAGCGCAGGCGUUGGCAGCCAUCAAGAUAGAGGAAGAGCUGGGGGAUAUAUCGACGGAUAGAGGGACCAGAUUCGUAGUGAUGGGCAAAUACAUGAUGGAAGUGUGGUACCAGUCUCCCUACCCGGGUGACGCGCCUCGCGUGCCACGGCUCUUCGUCUGCGAGUAUUGCCUCAACCACCACACCUCCGCCACCGGCGCCCAGCGGCACAAGGCCAAGUGCGUGUGGCGCCACCCGCCCGGCGACGAGGUGUACAGGAAAGACGAGCUGAGCGUGUGGCAAGUCGACGGCCGCAAGCACAAACAGUACUGCCAGCAGCUCUGCCUUCUGGCCAAGUUCUUUCUCGACCAUAAGACAUUAUACUAUGACGUGGAGCCGUUCCUCUUCUACGUGAUGACCAAUGCUGAUGACGAGGGAUCGCACGUCGUUGGAUACUUUAGCAAGAUUAGUGGCAACCCUGAACAGCAGCUCUGCCUUCUGGCCAAGUUCUUUCUUGACCACAAGACAUUAUACUACGACGUGGAGCCGUUCCUCUUCUACGUGAUGACCAAUGCUGAUGACGAGGGAUCGCACGUCGUUGGAUACUUUAGCAAGUUGUGGCGCAUCCCGCCCGGCGACGAGGUGUACAGGAAAGACGAGCUGAGCGUGUGGCAAGUCGACGGCCGCAAGCACAAACAGUACUGCCAGCAGCUCUGCCUUCUGGCCAAGUUCUUUCUCGACCAUAAGACUUUAUACUAUGACGUGGAGCCGUUCCUGUUCUACGUGAUGACCAAUGCGGAUGACGAGGGAUCGCACGUCGUUGGAUACUUUAGCAAGGAGAAGAACUCAUUCCUGAACUACAACGUGUCCUGCAUUCUGACGCUGCCUCCGUACCAGCGGCAGGGGUAUGGGAGACUUCUUAUCGACUUCAGCUAUCUGCUAACAAAAGUGGAGGGCAAAGUUGGGUCUCCAGAGACACCCUUGUCCGACCUGGGCCUGAUAUCGUAUCGGUCGUACUGGAAGGAAGCGCUGCUGAGGCGGCUGUGCUCUGCUCCCGGCCCGACGCUGUGCAUUCGAGACCUGAGCAAGGACCUGGCUAUAGCCUCGUCGGACAUCGUGUCCACGCUGCAGGAGAGAGGCCUGAUGAAGUACUGGAAAGGAAAGCAUAUUGUGCUGAAGAAGCAGGAGGUGUUAGAAGAAGUGUCUCGCCGGGCUGAACGCGCGCGCUGCGUCGAGGCGUCGUGCCUGCGUUGGACGCCGCCAGGGGCCGGCGCGCCGCCUCGCUGA